AUGGGCUUCCAAAAAUCUUUUGGUUCUCGCACCCUCGCAAGUUCGGCCCCGGAUCGCGUUCUUGGCAAGUUUUUUUGUUUUGUUUAAAAAAAUGUAUUGGAAACAUGUUUUUGCACAGUUUUUUUGAACAUCCUCGAGAAUUAUAGCUGAUUCCUCGAAUUUUUUUCUGUUUUUUUCAUGUUUUUUUAAAUUUUUAAAUUGAAGUCAAUUCUUAACUUCAUUUAUUCCUUUUUUUCUGCGCACGCGUGUUUACUCAUCCGUGCGCACGGAUGAGUAAUUUUCAAAAAGGAAUUUAAUUAUGAUUACUCGUUUUUCAUUUUGAGACUUUUCAUGAGAGAAUUGGCUUCAAGAAAGGAAGAAAAAAACGCAAACAAUUUUCUAAUGACAAGCGUUAGCUAUAUUUGAAUGGUAUUUUUUUUCCAGAUUAAGGUGUUUAAAUAUUAUUUUUUUAUUUGGGAAAAAAAUAAAAAAACUUCAGCGAAAAAGUUACAAACAUAUAUUUUUGUCCUGGAUUGAUUGAAGCAAGGAUCGAGCAUGAGACUGCUAUCUAUGGUUUUUAAAAGUUUCUACAAAAGAUUCUGUAAGGAAAUUUCGGCAUAAUGAGGAAGCAACUCUUUUUUCUCUCCACUUUUACACCGAAUUCGUCAUUUUCUCAAUACGGGUAAUUUUCAGAGAAGGAGAAAAAAAAAUUUGCAGGAGUAGAUAUUAAAUUGGCAUUUUGAGAAUUUUCCGCUCUUUUUUUUCACUAUCCAUUAAAAUUUUUCUUUCUUUCAAUGUCAAGAAGAUGUAUUUUUUUUCUCUAAAUUUUAUUUUCUCCGAGUUAUAUCAUCGUUAUUUAGUCGCGUGUGUUCGAACCAUCACGGUCUCAUCCGCAAAUAUGGUCUCGACCUCUGCAGACGUUGCUUCCGCGAACAAGCCAAGGAUAUUGGAUUCAAGAAGGUUCUAACAUUAUCUUAUAAAUUCUCUAUUUGUCUCAACUCACAAAAAUUGCAUUUUCCAUCGAGGAAUUUGACUUCGGCCGUAAGAGUCAUUGUAAAACUAGCUCGGUAUAUCGCUGCAGGAACCUUUUUUUUUAACGGCUACCGGUGUCCUAAUUUAUGGAAUUCAUUUUAAAUCGAAAUUUGCCUAUUUCAAAAUCAUUUUAAAAUUGCUGAAAUAACUUAAAACACAGCAAGGGUUUUUUUUUUGGUCAACUUCUCGCCACACUGCUCCUAAAGAAAUGCAAAAUUUUCUGUCAUCCCAUGUAAUUUUUUCGUCCUGCUGCUUGAGACUGUUAGAAAAAUUAGAAAAAAAAAGUUUUUUAUUUUUGCUAUUGCAAUGGAUUCGCGACUUACGCGCGAACUCGAAAUUUUGGUUAUGCCGUUUUCAAAGUAAUUUCGGCUAUUUCAAAAUAGACGCGAUAUUCGUUUGGAAUGAUUUCGGGAAAUAGGCAGAAUUGGUAUUCCGGGAAGGCGCGAAAAAAGUGAGUCCUACAACGAUUAUCCUCGCAUGCUGAGCAGGUGUCUCAACGGGUGUACCCGUGUUUCUGAGGUUAUAUUAGUCUCAGUUGGGCUAAAACGAGGGACCAACGGGUGUAAGAAAAAUAUGUAACCCAGCUGUGCUAAAGCGGGGUCUCAGUUGGGCAAAAUUUCUACCAACUGUGCUUAUACGGGUUUUAAACGGGGGCACUCGCUGAGACCCUGUGUUAGAACGGCUGGGUUGCCCUGCUCAGCAUUCGAGUCGUUUGAUAAGCAUUUUUACGGUGAGUUUUACGCGCGAAUUCGAAGUUUCCGUAGACAGUGCCCAAAUAAUUUCAAAAUUUUGAGUUCCCGCGAAGAAAUUACAGUAAAAAUGCAUAUUGAAAGAUAUAUCGUUGUAGGACUCAUUUAUUCCGCGCGUUCCCGGAAUAGCGAUUCUGCUUAUUUCCUGAAAUCAUUUUAAACGAAUAACGCAUCCAUUUUGAAAUCGCCGAAAUUACUUUGAACACAUCAUUAGUAAAUGCACAAAUAACCGAAGUUAGAAAUUUCGUGCGUCGUCAUCUUGUUGUAGAGUUCAAAUUUUUCACGGCUUCUCAGGCGGUAGUGGGGGACGCGGCGGAAUUCUGUCUCCAGUUUUUGUCUUCAAGCGGAAACCCCUUUUUCAAAUGCGUUAUUUUUAUUUUUAUAAUACUUAUGCCGCGUUCAAAGCUAAUUUACGCAAAAAAUGGUCAAAAGCACGAGUCAAAACUCAGCGGAUUCCCGUGAUUGGAUGGCUUCAUCUUUUUGGCAAAUGAAGUCCAAUAUCUUUUUUUUUUCGAAAUGGGCGUAGUCGACCGAUCACUAUGGGAAUGUACCGCGUUUCACUGCAAUUCGGCUCGUGCUUUUGAACAAGAAAAACUGUUAUACAACGCCUCAAAAUAACUUUGAAGGUGGCGUUAUUUAUUAUACCAUGCACAUUAAGUUCUUGUAGAAAAUGCCCAAAUUUUAUGCCGUGUUCAAAGUAUAUCGGCCGAGAAAUUCAAAAUUAUCUCUGACUCUCCGAACUCUAUAGUCUGUUCAGAUUUUGAAUGUCAAGUAGCUAACUCCACCCCCAAGGUUACACCAUCUUUCGCGUCAAUGUUUUAUCUUCAUAUGCCAAUGGCCCUUUAAUAAGGUUGCUUUUUUGACUUCUUUUUCUAUCUUUUAGAUCGAAAAAGAUCAAAAUUAGUCCCGCGCGAUGAAACAUCGACGCGAAAAGGUACCGUCUCAGCAGGGGCGGAGUUAGCUGGUUGACAUUCAAAAUCUGAACAGACUAUAUUUAUAUUUUUCUCUCUCUACCUGACGGCUAUUUUGAGUUUCGCGAAAUCACUUCGAAAACGGCACUCAAGUUCGCACGUAGAAGUUACAGUAAAAGUUCAUAUGUUGCUAUAUAUCGUUGUAGGACUUUUUUUUUUCUACGUCCUCCAAUUCCGAUUUCCCCCGUUUCCCGAAAUCAUAUAAUACAAUAUGUAAAACGGAAAAGUUUCUUUAGGGAUCCUCAAAGGAUUUUGAGCGGAAGCUAAAAAGGUUUCUCUAAAAGUUCCUAAAUUGAUUUAAAAAGUUUUGAGCUUCUUUUUAUAGCCUCAGCGGAUCUUUUUUUAAUCUGCUCGAAUCUUUUUUGUUAAAUGAUGUGAAAAAGAUGCAAUAAAGAAAUGAAAUGAUAUAAAAAAGAUCUGCUGGGGACCCUUUUAAGGUCUUUUUUUUUUUUAAGCUUUUGUGUUUUACCGGAGACGAAUAACGCGUCAAUUUUGAAAUCUCUCAAAAGAUCGCCGAAAUCACUUAGAACAUGGCAUUCAAAUCAAUCUAAUCAUUUAUUUUAUUGUUUUAGUCAGAUAUAAUCGACUAGGCGGUGAACACGAACUUUUAAAGGCACAUGGGCAGUAAAAAAAAAAACGGGGUUUCAGGUGAAAGAAGUAUCUUGUACAGUUUUCUUUGCGAAUCGAACUAUGCCUUUAAAGGUAUAACGAACAAUCUCCCUUGGUGAACUAGAAGUCCUAGCGUGUAGCCGAAAGAGUUGAAAGCAUGGUCUUGUUGUAGCUGGAGCCCGGAGACCGUGCUCUAGGUGGAAUUCUCAGAAUGAGAGCGACCACUUCGAGUGAGGAUUUUACACAGAAUGCAAAAAGCAUUAAUUUGAUCCGUUAUAAUUUUUUUAAACUCACGACUUAUAAAAUCUGCCUUUUUUCACUUUCUUAUUAUAAGGUUAUACGAACAAAAAAAAAGCCCGAAAUCGCACGAAAUAAUUUCAAACGAGUAAAAAAUGAGAAAAAUAAUAUUCCAAACAAUUUCCAUGAUAUUUAUUUUUAUUCAUUUUCUUAAAAACAAAAAACAAGAAAAUAUAAAACAACAGUGAGUAAAAUUGGAAAAUGGCUAUUUUGAAUUUCGCGGAACCCCUCUGAACACGGCAUUGUAGCCCGUUCACGGCUGGCUUGGGACAGCGAACGGGCGGUUUAAUUUUGGCGGCGAAGGUAGAUCAUGGCGACAAUCUAUGCGCCUUCCAUAAGAGCCACAUUUUAUGACUUAUUUAUUUUUUUCUCUUAUUAUUCGUCGAUUUAAGAAAAAUCUAAAAAAAUCAAUUAAAUGAAUUUAAAAAUAAUAUAAAUUCAACAGAAACAGAAAUAAUUCACCAAAUGAGGCUCUUAUUAAAUGCUCAUGUAUGACCGCCAUGAUCUACCAUCGCCGCGCAAGUUAAACCGCCCGUUCGCUGUCCCAAGCCAGCCGUGAACGGGCUAUAUUUUGGACUAUCCUAAUUUUAGUUAUCUUUCUCACUGUCUGGCGGUUAUUUCGAGUUUCUCAAAAUGAUUCUCAACACGGCAUAAUACUUUUUGAUUUUCAGCUCGACUGAUUGGUUCCUCGUCUUCUGGUGUGACAACGCUUGUUCAUUGUUUUUAACGCAAUCAAUAAAUUGUUAUUUUUGAUCAGCUUUCUGAACAAAAAAGUGUUAUUUCUCAUAAUUAUUUUUCAAUAAAGGGAUGAAUUUUAAAGCUGACGUUCUCAAACUUAGAAUGGAUCCAGCGGAGGCUGGAGAUUGGUUGUCGACACGUCCUCAUCAGCUGAUAUUUUUAACUGGGUUGGAUCCUUCGAAUAAACACCAACAUGGUCUCGUGGUUAACGCAUUCCGGUUGGAUAAGUAGCAAAAAGAAUUUUUCAAGAAUUUUAUUAGAGCGAGAACGCCGGAAAAGCCUCCUUUGAACUUGCGAAUUAUCAGUGGCGAACUGGAUAUAGCUGAGAAAACAGAAAAGUCUUUGUCCGGUGCAGGUUUCGUUGAAAGGAUGGAGCAUAUAAGUUAUUUUUCUCAGGCAUAUUACGACGAGAGUGGCCUUUAAAAUAUCUCGAAAAUAUUCCUGCUCUCAUCGUUCUGUUCGUCGAUCUUGAGUGGGAUCAUCCGUCCUGGCAGGAGAAAAAAACUGAGGCAGAAAGUAAAGUUGCGAGUAUUCGUGCUUCUUCUCGACAAGGAACCCGUAUCGCUCUCGUUAUGCUCCAAGACAGGUUCUCUUCACUUGAUUCGCAAGCUUGGGGGAUGAAAACGUUCUAGAGCGACUCCAACAACUUCAGACGACAACCUUGCGGCUGAUAGAGCCCACGAAAUAUGUCAAAUAUGUUCUCUUAACCCAAAACAACUCUUCGUUUUACCUCUGCUUGGCGAAAUAUCGGUUCACUUUGUUAGUUUUCCUGGUAAAACUUCUUCAGGUAUAUGUAUCAAAAUUGGAAUCGGCUUUCCAUGAGCUGGCCCAAGGCUUUUACCAGCAGAAGUUGAAAGUAAGAUGAAGAAUCUUCUGAGGGAAAACCAGGAUAUCAGAGUAUUCGGGCUCGUUCAAUACCAAACAAUUCGCCUUCUCUGAUAGUGCGGCAGUUGUUCAAACUGGCGUUCAUUUCCGAAUUGCGACAAGACACGCAUUCUGCCCUACGGUAUUGUCUCCGAAAAUUGUCCACUCAAACUUGUGUAGGAACUACCGAUUGGCCUACGACCAGUGCAAAGACCAUAUGGAAACGUGGGACGCCGGAGACGUUUAUGAAUGGCGAAGUGUCGUCGGUCUUCUGAAUUACAAAGUUCGCUCAGUUUUUUGAUUGAAAUUAAUGGGCGAUUUUUUGAGAUGUGUGAAUUGUGUUUUCUCCAUAGUACGGCCUUGGAAGCGAUCAAUCAGAUGCGGAGGCAUCAGUCGAUUUUUUUCUCUUCAGCUCCUGGAACUUACCCAACUCCUCAGCUGUCCCUCAUCGAACUUCUUCUUUGGAAAGCUAAGCAGGUUCAAGCGUCUUCCUCUCUUUUCUGGAGAUAUAUCCUAUUUUCAGUGUUGGUACUUUGCCCACUUGUUCGAGCAGGCCGUUUUGGGCGGAUUAUCUGCUCUGGCGACUUUGAAUCCAGGAACUCAUCUCGACCAGGCGGCCAACAUUUAUUCUGCAGCAAACAAGGAGAUCUCUUUGGUCAAGCAAGGUUUUCUUUUUCCUAUGUUUCUAUAACUGAUGAUAUAAUCAAACUUUAUUUUGAAAGAAUUGUAACUAAGUUGCUCUUUUCUAUUUCGAUCGGUAGGAAAUGAUAUUAAAAAAAAGAAAUAGUAUGACCAUAAAGAAACAACCGAUAAUGUGAGGCAGCGAGAAAAUUUCUUCAACAAGUUUCUUAUACUUCGAGAAAAAAAAUAUUGCGAUUCCUAGCAAGAAAUCCUUUCAUGUUCUGGUCACAAAAGAUUAAAAAUGAAAUUUUUCCCCAUAAAUUUUCAGCGACUUUUGUUUGAUAUAUACUGGUCAAAAAAUGACAUCCAGAUCCGAAAGUUAUCAGUGAAUGUUAUCAGUAAAUCGUAUGAGGUAUAUGUAGAAUAGGUAGGCCUAGCGUCUGUCAAAUUCCCUUCUAUUCAGAUUAUUUUUUUGUUUUUUUAGCAAGGUGAAAGCAUGCUCAAGAAAAUUUUGGAAAUUUGCCGAAAAAAGCUGCGAAUUCGAAAAUAGGGCGCCAUGAGCGAUUCAAAUCAAAAAAAGAAUUUUUUUAAGAAAAAUCAAUUUAUGAAAAAAAUUUUGUUUGGAAAAACUUUAUUAAAUCCUAUCAUUUUUUUCGAUUUCGUCGUGUUUCAGCGUUUUUUUAAUAUUGUACAUAUAGCACAAGAUAACACUAAGAUAAUAAUUUCGUUGAAGAUUUUCUCUCAAAAGUUUUUUUCAAGGCUCAUGAUAUCAAUCUUUUUCUGCCCCUUCUGUAUAAAAUUCAGAUCAAAAUCUUGAAGAUCUGUGGAUAAACGACUUAUGAAUUUGAUUAAUUUUUUCAUCUUUAGGCUCUCUGUUGCUCGGACCUUACCCGAACCCAGAUCCACUAGGUCAACAAACGGUAGGGAGCUUGCAUACUUGCAGUUUGGAUCUUCGUUUCAGGAGUUUUUCGGACAACGUCCUUGGCGCGUCGGCAUUUCCGGCUUGGCGUCUCCGGAAAUUGAAGCGGGAGCCGUCAACGCCAUUAAGGUAUUUUUCUGUCGGAGAACCUCCUUCAUCAUUUUGGUCAGCAACGUCUUGUCGUCAACCACGCUGGCGUUAUUUCUCUUCUUUCUGCUGCCAUGACCCAUUUCAAGAAGUACAACUGCAUCCGCAUGCAAAAGAAAGUCAUGUGCGAGGUUUUCAUUUUUUAAAUAUUCACAAAAGAUACAUUAUCCGAAGUCUGAGGCCUUAUAAACAUUGAUUUUCCACUUUGAGCACAUUAGGUUUGUGCGUUCGACGAUUACUUUUACAUUUAAGAAAGUUUUUGUGGAAAAAAAUAAAUUUUGCUCAUAACUUGCGAGUUCCUCAAAUCGAAAAUUGAAAACUUGGAAGCAAAGACUGAAUUGCAUUCUCUGGCGGUUAUGGGAAGAAGCUUGAGUGGUACCGAGUAGGAAAAACAUCAAUUCUCAUACAGCUCUCGAAAUCGCUCCGACGUUUAUUAAUACGAAGAGAUUUAAGUUGCUUUUCAACUAAAGUGCACGUUAGAUGAUUUAAGUUCUCAAUAAAUAUAAUUUAUAUUUCCGUUACAGUCACCGGCGUUGUUUUGUUUCUCGUCUAAAAAAGUAAUCGGUGAUUUUGACAUUCAACUUAUUUGCAUUCUUGCAGUAUUACUUAACAUCUCAAAAAAAAAAACACUAAUCAUUAAACCACAAUUAUCCAGAUGGCAGACGUUUACUACGCAAACGGAGAUGUGAGCAAAGCGUUGCAGCUGUGGAGUUUGGUUGUAAGGGACUCUUCUUUGCCUUUUUCCUUACGCUCCCAUCUUCUUCACAAAGCCGCUUGUGCUGCGUUCGUUUCAGCGGCGGUCAAGGUUUCUUUUUCAAACUUGAAGGCGAAAAAGAAAAGAAAUUAGGAGUAUGCGUGGUGCUGCGUGCAGUUCAUGGCUUCCGGACAGCCGCGGUUCGAAAAAGCCUUUCAGGAGUUGAUCGCCGGCAGGAUUCCUGUUGCUCCUUUUGACGACAAUGAACUCAGUAAUCAACAGGUUUUAUAUUUAUCUCUUUUUCUAUGAAAUAAAAUAGAGACGUCGCAUGCUAAUACUCACAUUUUGUCACUCUAAAUUAUCUAUAGCAGUAGGUUGCGUAAAUGGGUUCCGAGCGUAAAAUAUAACUAUCGCGAGCGGACAAAAUAAUUAAAAAAAACUCCAUUUUAAAAGUUUCAGAUGUCGUCUUACAAGCAAAACUGGAGCAAAGUACUAACCGAGAGGCAGUUUUUCGUACUGCAGGCAUCUCGUAUCGAUUCCUUUCUUUUUGUCGAGGUUUUUGAGAAAAAAAAAAGUUUUUUGGAUCAUAUUUCUCCUCUAGGUAACUUUUCUAAGUUUUCAAGUCACUGAAGCCAAUUCGAGAGUUCCCGUUUGUAUCCGGUUGACCUCUUCCGCCAUGUCCCCGAUCCGGUAUGAGAUUUUUUCUAGAAUGAUUAAUUUUGAAAUUGGAGCUUCUGUUGGAAUAUUAUUUCAUUUACAGAUUGGCAGGGAUAAACGUGGCUUUUUCCAAAACUGAACAAGUGCAAAAUGGAGUUGAAAAAGUUGGAUUGGCGCCUCUGCGGCUGAGUGGAUUCCUUCUGCAGCCUAAAAUACCGACGGUUCGGAUGACGCUGCUCGAUUUGGGCCAAAUGCAGCAGGGCGAAGAAAUCACGGUCAGUAUUGUAACUCUGCAUUUUUUUUUAACAUGAAUCGUUCCAAUUAUUUCUUUUCACUUCAUUUGAAAGCUAUUUUUUUUCGCUAAUUUCGAGAGAAUUCUUUGGAGAAAUUAUUUCGACUGUGUGAAAUCCCAAACAAGGAUGUCAAGUUUUAUCUUUCGUUUUCAGGGCUUUUUCUUCUUCUAAGAUCUCUCUUUUGAAGGUGUCCUGCGUGAGUGUUGAACUGGGCGACCGUCACUCUCCCAUGUUCGGCCAAAUCGACUUCGACAACUCUUCGCUGAACCGACCAGGGCCUAUCGUCGCCUUGUCUUCACAUCGAUCCGUCUUGGGAGUUCCAUCUUUGAAGUGGGAGUUUGCGUGUUCAUUGAAUGGAUUUCCGUUCAGGGUCGGAGGUUUCAAGAGCGUUAUGGGACUGAAAGAAGCGGUCUCUAUCAAAUGCCUUAUAGGGGAAGUGGCAACUGCUAAAUUGCAGCUUUGCAAUUUGUCGAAGAGGAUUUUGAAAAGUGUCAAGUAUUUGUUUAUUUAUUGUAGUCGUUAGUACAAGACUUGAGGCUGGAAUUCAAGCGAAAUGAGCAAAGUCAGACGGAGGCGGCGGCCGUUCUCUUCGUAGACAAGGGCAAUGAACUCAAGUCGGAACUCGUGCUCGCUGUUGCGACCAACGUUUCUGCGCUUGACCAAGUUGGUCGUUUUUCGAUUUCCUUCAAAAAGUCUUCCAGGCGCUGGUCGACGUUCAGUUUUCUGCUCAACUUGUCGGUAGUUUCGAUUUGUCUCUGGAGGUAAUUAAUGAGGAUUGCAAGUAUUUAGAAAGAUGAAGAAAAAUAAAACUUAAGAAAUUAAUUAUUAAAAAUUCUUGAACUACGCUCCGUUUGAAUAUUUUUUUAAAGAUUCACGGCGUUGAAAAAUUUUUUUCUUGUCAGAACAUUUUUCUAUAAAUAGUUUUUUUCUGCACACAAAAGAAAAAAAGGAAAUUUAUAAACUCCCUUUUUUUAGCCCUUGGAAAUUUUGAAAAAUUUUUCAAUAAUAAAAAAAUAAAUGGAGAGAUCUUCAUUCUAAAAACUAAGUAAUUGAAAAACAUGUGCAAUCCAUACGUGUACUUUGAAGAUCUCAUUUUGAGAGGAAAAUUUUAUAAGCUCGGAAACGGGAACUUCGAUUAUUCAGCACUGAAUUUCAACAUUCUGAAAAGUUGGGGAUUCUGGUCCCGCCUUCCCUUUUUGCUCAUAAGAAAUGUUUGAGGUGAGCUACCUCGUGGAAGGAUCUUCUCAGAGAGAGACGGGAAAAGUGUUGGUGGCCGUCGAGGCCAAGGAGCCUUUCAGUGUCCGCAGCGCGAUUCUCAACAUGAACGUCUGUUCUCAGCUUCAUUGUUGAAAGUCUCGAAACUCUAAAGUUUCAGGGCAUCCCCAUGAUAUCGUUGUUGAACCAUUGCGAGCACGUCCUCAAAGUCGACAUCACUUCCGCUGCUGAUAUCGUUAUCACUAGCGUCGAGUUUCUACUGGUCAGAAAACUUCAUUUUUCAUUAGAAGACACAAAUUUUAAAAAAGCUUGGAAUACACAGAGAGGAAGCUCAACAAAAAGUCUUCUCAAACUCCAUCGUUUCAUACAUGGGAUGAGCAUGACUGGCGACAGCCAAGUCCCCUUUUUUUUUGUUAAUUUAUAGGAUGUGAAAGUUCUUUUUUUCCGAUCACUUUUAAUUUAAAAAUGCUUCUGCCAAUCAAUUGAACUUCACAAAACAAGUUUUUUUUUUUCAUAAGAUCAGACUAGUGCCGCCCAGCGCUCACCCUGAACAUUUUUUUUUCACGGUUUUUGCCAAGUCUCCUCCCCUUUUUCAGGCCCCACCGAGACUAUCCCAUGUAUGCAUCGUUCACAAGAAUAGUGGUAACAGGAACAAAAAAAGUUCUUUCAUAGAAAAACUUCCAGAAUUUUUUUCCUCUUUUCUAAAUACUUAAAGCUUUUUACUUAAAGUGUAGAAAAAUCAUAUUUCAAAAAAAAAUUAAUUCAAAAAAAAGAUAAACGUUGCUUUCUAACUUUUCGUGAAAACUAAAGGCUACAAAUGAAGUUUAUAUUUGCGAAGUCUACGUUCAAUUGUUGAAUAAUGGUUUUCUUUUAGUUCUGGGAACCUAGAAAAUUUGGGUGGUUGCGACUUUUCAAAAAAUUCCUGAGUUUAAUGUAGCGUAACUUUCCUUGUCAGCAACUCCAAAUUUGUGUACCCACAAAUUCCAUUUUAGGCUGACGUCGUAACUUUUCUCGACGCUUCCAAUGGCGGCAGUGGGACGAAUUUAGACGGUUUUCCAAAUCACUCUUGUAAUAAAAAAAAGAUUCUGAACCCAGACGAAGUCUUUGAGCAGGAAGUCAUCAGCUAUAAUGCUGUGAUCGCGGUUUCGACGGCGGACGAAGACGUCGAGACGCCGUUGGGUAGACUCGCCGUCGAGUGGAAACGGUGUGUCAAAGAGGAAUCUUAUCUUUAAUUAUCUUUCUGAAAAUUAUAUCGUUAUUAUAUAUAAAUUUGAUGAAAAAAAUAUAGAAAAAAAUUAUAAAAAAAUCUAUUGUUCAAAGUAGCGAAACUAGACUUUUCGCUUACCAAUCUUUGGCUUCUUUCAAAUAAUUUCUCAGAAUGUUUUUUUGAGCAAUUUAUUAAAUAGAAAAAGUGCUUAUUAAAAUUCAAACGGCUGUUUUCAUGAUCUAUUUGCCUUUUCUUUGAGUUUGCUCAAACACCUCGUAAAUAAGUCAACCGUCCUUAUCAGCAAAAAAAACGUGGAAUAGAAAACUUUGAAUGAAACCUUGAAGAGGACCUGAUCGAUGUUUUUUCCUUGUUAAAUGUUUCAGUAUUGAAAUGAGCUACUGUGAAGGAAUUUUAGUUCUAGUCCUAGAGGGUUUCAAUUUUCUAAAAUUUCCUGCGUUUCCAGUGCGGGCUCUGCGAACUCAGUGCGUUCGCUGCUGCCCUUGUGUCGCGUGGCGGUUCUCCCCUGCCCAAUCGGCCUAUCGGCUCGCGUUUUCUCUUCUCCGGCAGCAGUCCGUCAGCCGAUCGACGUCUGCUUCGAUCUACAGAACCAUUCCAACGAAGUUUCCUCUUCAAAAUCAACAUUUUUAUAUCAACUUCUCUUUUCAAGAGCAUCGAACUGACUGCGACUUUUGAACUAUCGGAAGUUUUCAUGUUCAACGGCGAAAAAAAGGUUACGUGUUGAAAAAAUUUCAAGAUAAAGAUAUUGUGUCUGCAACACUACUUGCAUUAAAUAGGAUAUUCUGGUUUUCUAUGAUCAAAAAUUGAUGAAACUGUCCUAAAAUAUACUUCAAUCACUCGAAAUUACUCAAUGCUCAACUUUUCGGAUAUUCCCAGGAACAAAAAGCAUUCGGGAAAAUUUUUUUUAUUUCCAAUGAAUUCUGAGAUUUUUCAGUCCUCUUUGGUGAUUCUGCCUGGAAGUGUGCGAAAAAUUCACAUCGUUGUGAUGGCCCUCAGUGCAGGUCGCCUGGCGUUUCCACGCAUCAACCUCAGGUUUUUCCUUUUUUUUUAUUUUAAUGAUUCGAAGCUCUCCGGAUAGCCUUAUUUCGUCCUUUUUUUUCCUAUUUGAAAAAACAGCCUAUUGAGAAGGUUCCAAAAAAAUAUUCUAAAAAUAAAAAUAUUUUUACUGACUCCUCAUCGCAACCUUGUGUUUCGUCAUUGAACUUUUUCAUGCCUUCUAUUUCACACCUUUUUUCUGAUUUUUCAUUGGAUUAUCACGAUUUCCUUCUCAAUGAACACCUGAAUUCCUCUUUUUUUAUUUUCAUCAGAAGUUAUGUUUUUUAAAGCUAGUCUGUUGAACGGAUCGGCUACUGUACUUGAUCGUUAAUGCUCAUUUUGCUUCUUACUUUUCUUGAGAGACUUUUGAAAAGAGCAAAGAAUCACAAUUGAUUUUGUAUGCUUCAGAUCGCCGCAAAUAGCCGAAUCCACACUUCAACACGUUCUUCGUACUCUUCCUGCCGCUAUUUUUGUUCUGGUGGGUCUGUAUGUCGUUUUCGCUAUCAUGUUUUCAUUCUUUCGAACACGAUAAAAAUUGUAAAUUAAAGUAGUUGAUUGAUGGUUCAGUUUUUUUUUGUAAUUUCGUAACAGAAGCCUCAUAUUGGACAAAAGAGUUAGUUUUGAGUCUUGACUUGCCGAGUGAGGUUCUUUUAUAUAAAUAAAAGUCAAAAAUUUUCAAAUUUCGAAAGCUGUCGAUUUUAAAAUAACGUGAAGCAAAUCAUAAGGUUAAUUUAUAAGCAACAUAAACACAUUCAGCUGGAUAUUUUUAAUAUUAAAAGUUUCUCAGUCUCAGCUGUUUGAGCCGUGACCUUUUUGGACCAGUUUCUUAGAAAAGGCAUCUUUAAAGAGCGAUCUAUCGUCGCCCACUCUCUAUUUCUACGCUGCCGCACGUGCGUGGAAAUAUAUCAUUGAGUAUCUCGUUUUCGACCAAGAAAUAUUUGCGGAUGUUGCGCGGGUUGUUGCCUGGACAGCUAAGAUCACGAACUCCAACUGCGCUCAAUCUGAAUUUCAAAACAACAGAGCGCGGUUUAUUCUCUGACUGACUCAUGGCAGCAGCGUUUUUAGCGGAAAAAAAUCAUCUGCACUGGAAAAUGAAUUUUUUUGUACCGCGUUGAAGAGAUUUUUCAGACAGUAACGGUUUCGAGUGAAUUAUCGUACAAUUCAAUCACGAAACUUUUUAGUCGAAAUUUCAUAGAAUUUUUUCAUUGUUGUGCUUCUUCAGAAAACGGAAUAUUGAAAAGAAUCCUCGAACGUUUUCUUUUUUUUUCUGCCCGCACUAAGCUCGGAAAUAAUUAAUGAAGUUAAUUUUCCAGCCGCGGUCGAAGGAACACUAA